AUGGAGACCGCUCGUCAGUUUGUGGACCGCCAUUUAGCCCCGGAAUUGGCCGACAUCGGCCGGAGUGGCGCACCGCCUGAAAACCCCAAGUCCCGGCUGCAGGAACUGCUGCAAGGUCGGGGCCACCCGACUCCCUCCUAUCGCCUGAUAGGCCGGGAAGGACCGGACCACAGUCCCGUCUUCAGCGUCGAGGCAUUGGUGGGAGAACAAAUACUCGGCAUCGGCGAGGGAGGCCGAAAGUCGGAAGCGGAGCAUGCGGCUGCAAAGGAAGCCUUGGAGAACAUCCUCUCCGGCAGCUGUUCUUUGGCACAAGAAUCCAACUGCACUGUUCGGCGCAAUCGCCAGGAAGAAAGGCAGGCCACUGAGCAGGCUGUCAAACCCAGCCGCGAUCGCUGGUUCGGCCGCAUAGUGGGAUUGCUGCGUUCUCCGCGCCUCGACGACGCUGUCUGGGAUGAAAUCGAAGAAAUCUUGAUCUCAUCGGACGUUGGCGUCGAAACCUCUCUAAGGAUCAUCGAACAACUCAGGGAACGGGUGAAGGCCGGGCAGCUCGAUUCUCCCGACGCAGUCACGGACGCAUUGAAGCAGGCGUUGACCCAAGACCUUUCGGGAGAUUUCGAGGGGCUAUUGCCCAGCGACGACGGGGCAUCCAAGCCGUACGUGAUCCUGAUGGUGGGUGUGAACGGUGUAGGAAAAACCACCAGCAUCGGCAAGCUGGCACAUCACUUUUCGGAGUCCGGCAAACGGGUCGUUAUCGGAGCCGCCGACACCUUCCGCGCCGCCGCAGCCGAGCAACUCGAAAUCCUGGGGGAGCGCGUGGGCGUGGACGUCAUCCGGCACGCUGCAGGCGCCGACCCGGGAGCCGUGGCAUACGAUGCCUAUCAGGCAAGCAAGGCGCGCGGAGCCGACGUCCUCAUCAUCGACACCGCCGGACGUCUCCACACCAAGUCGAACUUGAUGGAAGAGUUGCGAAAGAUUCACCGCGUUCUGAAUCGCCAGGACACCUCCGCCCCUCACGAAGUGAUUCUUACCCUGGACGCCACGACCGGCCAUAAUGGGUUGGUUCAGGCCAAGUCCUUCAAUGAGGCCGUUAACUGCACCGGUAUCUUUCUUGCCAAGCUUGAUGGUACGGCGCGGGGCGGCAUUGUACUGGCAAUUCGCCAGGAGCUGCAGGUACCAAUCCUGUUUAUCGGCACUGGCGAAGGGAUGGGAGAUAUGGCUCCCUUUGACGCCGAAGACUUCGUUGACGCUCUCCUCGCGCCGGUAUAA